AAGUGGGAAAAUUUUCUGCCUUGGGCUGAGUACUGGUACAAUACUACUUACCAUGAGUCGACCAAGAUGACUCCAUUCGAGCUGGUAUAUGGGUGUAAACCGCCAACGCUGAUCAAUUACUCGAAGGGAGGCUCGGUCAAUGAUGAAGUCGGUCGAGAACUGGAGGAGCAAGAUUUGAUGUUGCGAGAGUUGAAGAAAAAUCUCGAAGGCUCAAUUAAUCGAACUGAAGCCUUC